AUGCUGGGCUCAUUGGCAGGCAUCGAAGUUAGGAACUGGGACACAGGCACCGAACCAUCGUUCCUGGGCGGAGAGUGCAACCCCCUUGCCAACACGGACGAUGACCCGCAUUUCCGGGGCGCAGACGGCACCCGCUAUGACUUCAACGGCCUUCUCGACCGCUCCUUCUGCUUGCUUUCCGACCGCCGGAUCCACAUCAACAUGGGAAUCAAGGGCUACCAGCCCAUCGCGAAUCUCCCCGGCACGGCGACAUCAUUGGACGAAGAGUCGCUCGCUGCAGCGGUGGAGGCGGCGGCCAAUGAGAAGAAGCCACGUCAUAUCAGGCAGCUGGAGCAGGAGAGGCUGAGCACGGAGGAACUGGGCGAGCUGGAGAGAAUGCGGGCCAAUGGGAGCCUGCCGUUGACUGAUGAGGUGCAGGCGGCUCUUGAGCGAGAGAUGGGUCAACGCAGCGGCGGGAGUGGAGAGGAAGAGGAGCAGCAUUCGAUUCAGUACGCGAAGCAUGAGUUGAAGGCAAGGCUUCUGAAAGCAAAGCCGAUUCGCAGCUGGAUCAGGGAGCUUCAUGUGAUGUGGCGCGACGAGACUGGCGCACAGCACUCAGCUUUCAUCAAAGCGCGCGACGGCAAGGAGCAAGGGAGGGGCAGCAGCGGGUUCAUCGACCGACUGGAGCUCGACGGCUCGCCGGUGGCCCCGCCUCUCUCCGCCGGCUCUUUCAUCGUUGGCAGCGGCGGGUUCAAGCUGCUGCUGGCGGAAACACUGAGUCACAAAGGGAAGGACGAGGAUGAGUUUCAUCUCACGAUUGACGGUGUGGUGGACAUGGGCAUCACGGCACGGUUGGCGCAUCCGCUCAUGCAGACGGCUACGGAGGCGCAAGCGCAUUUCAACGUGCACAUCGACCGGCUAAAUCACACGAGCGGCAUUCACGGCGUGCUGGGUCAGACCUUCCGAGCCGAGGAGUCCCGCAAGGUGCGCUCUCUGCGGUACCGCCUGCUGACCCGGCUGCUGCGCGAGCCGGUGGAGGUGGAGAGCGAGAGUGGCAGGGGAUUCCUGGAUGGGCGCACGGAGGACUAUAUCACCUCGGAUAUUCGCUCCGCGGAUUGCAUGUAUGCCGCUGCGUGGCCUUUAACCCUCACCACUUCGGCAGGGGCGGAGUUUCUUGACCCGUGGUUUGCCAAGGCUCUUGAGCAGCUGCCUGCGACUAUACGCCAGGAGAUGCCGGGCUUACCUCUGUGCGUAGCGGCCCCUCCUCUUCGGCUUUUCCAGGCGCGGCAGCGGUUGUUGGCGGUAGAGGAGCUCCAGACACUGCGUCGCUCGGCUCGUGACGAUGCCACCCUGGCCCGUUUCACAUCCCUUCAGGGCCCGGGGGCUGGUGCAUGGGUUUCGGCGGUUCCGGCUCACUCAGAUCUCACAUUCACUGCGGCGGAGUGGGGCAUUGCUGCUGCUAUACGACUCGGGCUCCCAAUUCAGCAGCUGCAGGUGGCGGGGAGGUGUGUUUGUGGCACAGCAUAUGUUGACCCAGCAGAUCCGCAUCAUGCCCUGAGAUGCAAGCACCAGCAUGGUCCAUCUCGGGUACAUGAUGAGGUGAAGUUUGCGGUGGCGAAGAUCUCUAAGGCGUCUGGGGGGGUGGUGACAAUGGAAGAUAGUGUGGUGCUGCAGGGGAAGCGGGUUGAUGUGGCGGUGCGACGACCAAUGGCUGGAGAGGCUCACGCCCUAGAGAUCAGCGUCGCAGACCCGCUAUCGCUGUCUCCGUCUUUGCUAGGACAGUGCGGGCGUCAAAUAGGCGUGGCGGCAAGAGAAUGGGAGCGUCGUAAAACGAACGAUUACGCGCCUCUGCUUGCACGCAACCGGGGCGUGCAGUUCACUCCUCUGAUAGUGGAGACGUGGGGGUGUCUCGGCGGUCGCUUUCGGAGGUGGCUUCGUCAGCAGGGAGAUGCGCACGUGGGGCUAGCUGUGUCGCGGGGGGCUUGUCGGGAGGACGACACUGUGUUUUCGGCUUAUCUUCUAGGGUCACUGAAGGCGCUCAUCGGGGUGGCGUUGCAACGUGCGCAAGCCCGUGUCAUCCUGCUUCGAGCGGCGUCUUCUAUGGGGGGGAUUAACGUUGACUUGGUGGACCGGGAGUGGGACGAUGGCGAUGCGGAAGGCGGGGCUCUCUGGGUGGAGGCCCCGUACAUGGUGGAUUCGCUGUUGUGA